CAGAAUUCAUCCUGCUUAGGAACUCCUCAAUGAUGGAGCUGGCAUUGAGUCAACCUCCCUUCUCUGGAACACUCCUGAUGCUGGUGGUGUCAAACUUGCUCCUGUGGGAGAAAGCUGCAUCAAUUCCUGCAUGUAUGGUGGAAGAGGGUGGCUGCUGGGACCCUCUCCAGGAAACAUUUAACAGUGCUAUCCAGAGAGCUGAAACCCUCCGUAAUCUUGCUGACCAGUUAUAUGUAGAAUUUAAUUCAAAACUGAUUAGGAGGGAUGAGACUGUUCUCAAAGCUGGAAUUUACUGCCAUUCAACUCUUGUAAAACCCCAAACUAGGGGAGGGAAUUUUGAAAUCGAAGAGCACUUAAAAAUGUUGAUCAAUUUUGUGGGUUCAUGGAUCAGCCCUCUAUUCCAUCUGGUAAUUGAACUGAGUGCCAUGGAGGGUGUCCCUGAAACUAUCCUCUGUAAAGUCAAGGAUAUGGAAGAGAACAACAGACAACUUUUGGAUGACCUUAGGUGGAUACUCACCAAGGUCUCCCCUACAGCAGAGAUAAAGGAAGAAUUUCCCAGCUGGGACUACCUUUCAUUCUUAAAAUCAAGUAACAAAAAUAAUAAAUUUUUGGCAAUGUUUAACCUUUCCAACUGUCUAGACAAUGAUACAAAGUUCACUCUACAUCAUCUCAGAAUAUUUAAAUGUCUCAUAACUGGAAAAGAUUGCUAAGUGCACAUUUACCAUGUCUGCUUGGGAGAUGCUCUAAAGCAGUUCAUUGUUGAGCAUUUGCUUUUAAUUGUAUAUAUUUCAAGUCCAUAUGUGGAUAUAAUGUAUAGCUUUAAAAAAUAAAACAGAUUCAGCCUGCACUUCAUGGCAUCAGCAAUAUUUUGUCUCUGGGUUUGUUGUCUGUAUGUAUAUGGCAAGCUCUAAAUGGCCAUUCCUUCAUUCUCUGCUCUAAACUUUGUCACCAAAUUGCCUCCUGUGAAUAUUUCUGUUCCCCUUUUUAAGAAGGACUGAAGCAUCCACACUUUGGUAAUCUUUCUUCUUGAGCUUCAUGUGGUCUGUGGAUUGUACCUUGGGCAAGCCAAGCUUUUGGACUAAUAUCCACUUAUAAAUGAGUGUAUACUAUGUGGAAA